AUGGAUAUAGAAGCUAUUUAUGAAAAUGUUGAAUGCAGAGAUAUUGAAAACACAACUGGACCUCAAACUCAGAGUCACAGCCAGGAUGAAGGAAAAGAACUAAAGCGCAGAGGAAGUAGAUGUUUGGUGUUGAUCACAGGGAGUCUCGGGCUCAUUUGUGUUCUUCUGCUGGUCUUCAUCAUACUGCAGCACAUCACCAUCACAGCAGAGAGAGACCUGAUGAAGAGUUACAAGAACACAGUUGAAGAGUUCAAUCAAACCAUCAACAGCUUACAGGACGAAAAACAUCAACUGCAGAACAACUUCAACUCUUUGAGUCAGAAGAAACUUGAACUGGAGGCCAGAGUCACUUCUCUAAGUUGGUUUUUCGUGUCCAAUGAGUUGAAGAGCUGGUCUGACAGCAGGCAGUACUGCAGGGAUCGUGGUGCUGAUCUGGUCAUUAUCAACAGUGAAGUGAAGCAGAGGUUCAUUUCUUCAUUAACCACAGAAAGAGCAUGGAUUGGUUUGUCAGACACAGACAAUGAGGGCAAAAUGAAAUGGGUGGAUAAUUCACCACUGAAUCUGAAGUAA